AUGUUCGUUAUAUCCGUCAGUUCGUUAUAAACAUGUUCGUUAUAAACGUAGUUUACUGUACAUUAACUUAAUUCUGACCUACCAAAACAUACAUGUAUAUGUUAAUGGGAGAAUAAAAUAAAUGUGACCUAAAAUGAAAUCAUUUCUUCUUUUAUUCUCACAUGCUUACACCACUAUUAGUCUAACAUACAGUUAUGUUGGUACAAGUGUCUAUGACAAGCAGUCAAUGUCCAAGAAACUAAAGCUAUCUGAAACCCUGUACUACAGCAUGAAUUAGCAGAUGUUGCAUGUUCAUUAAAAGAUACCAAUUGAAAUGUCCAUCUUAUAGCAAUGAUUAAUAAUUCUAACAUGUUAUAUUUUGUUAUUUCUUUUACCCAACAUAGGUAAUAUCAGUUUCUAUCGUUUCAAAUCCAUCAGUCAUGUGUACCUUUCUGCUGUCUUGAUCUCUGCAAGACAAAAUAAGAGACACCACACUUUGCCAAGUGGUUUCAAUUUAUUCCCCCCUCAAAGAUCAGUCAGACCUAAUAAUAGACAAAUUGUCCUGCGGUAAUGUAUAAGCAACAAACACACAGUGUAUUGAUAUCAACAUAGAAAAAAGACUGCUAUUUAAACAGUUUGUAUACCUUCUCACUGAAAGGAUAUCUGUUCCACAAUGGAGAAAAACCACAAGUCUACCCUGCAGUUCUUCCAUGUCAAAUUGAUGCUUGAUUUAAGGGUGAAUGAAAUGUUUCUCGCACCAUUCCUACAGAAGGGAGUUCUGCAUGAGGGUGACAUCGAGGAGAUUCUGAGUGGGCCAACUUCAAAUGCCAAGACUGCCCAAUUCCUCUCUAUUCUGCCAAAAUGUGGACCACAAGCAUAUGAUGUCUGCAUCCUACAACUGAAAGAUGUAUAUCCUUGGAUUGCUGAAGAAAUGGAGGCGUCUUUCAACAAACUGGCACCAGUUAUUGACUACAACAAUCCCGUGUUUGGAUUCCUUGACAACAAAGAUUGUAAGAAUGACCCACUCUCAAUAUCUGACACCUCAAACACAAUUAUCUCCAAUGGGGAGAGAAAUACCAAGACAAAUUGUUCCUUCCAUGAGGAGAAGAGCAGCAUGGUCAGAGAACUGAAACUGAUUGUAGCUAGAGUUUAUAAAAGGCUUGCAGUGUAUUUAGACAGCAGAGGUGUGAAGGAAUAUGAUCUGGCUUUGUCCGAAGUCCCAGAGGACAUUCUGGAGGUAGUUGUUAGUGAGAUCAUAGAAAUAAUAUCAAAUCAAGACACAACUCUCUUGGCUAUCUCAAGCCUAUUUACCCAAGAGGAAAAAGAAGCCAACAGUUUGUAUGAAAUCAUACAGGGUAUGAAAUCUAAUAUUGAAAGCAUGGAGAGGACACUUGAAGGCAUGAUUGAGAUGGAAAGGAAACUAAAACGGCUUGAAGAAGACCAACAAGAAAAAAAUAAAUACAUAAAGUUGCUGGAAAACUGCACUGAAAAUUAAGCUGGAUGAGAUUGAAAAGCAGAGAAAACAAGAAUCCCUCAUGGGGAGGAGAUUCGACAAUGAGGGACACAGUCAACAUCUACAUGUACAAGGGCAUGGCUGUAAUGAUGAUACACCCAAGUUCAUGAAGGGGAGUGAAACUGCUAGGACAAAUGAGUCUGAUGCACAUGGACAAACUCACCAUUUCCACACUGAUCCAUCUACUGGUAGAUGUGAGGUGCAUAUUACACUGACCAAUAUCCACAAAACUACUGGAAAAAUAAAAAAGAGCCCUAGACCAGUCGACAGACUCAGUCAAAGACCAUCAGGUCAAAAUACAUCCUGAUGCCAUUUUCUGACUCCAAGCAAUCAUCAAGAGAAGCUUUCGAUAGGUAACAGGUCAACAGCAAUGCCGUUGAUGACUGCAGCCCUGGUUAGACCACAAAGUGCAAAUAUGUCUCUGACCAGUGUAAGGAGACCAGGAACUACAAUCAGCAGAGAGGUAACUGGAGAUUCACUGAGGGGCGUCUACAGGGACUCCAGAUCUGUGUCUGCUAGCCAACAGUCCAGCUCAUCCUUGAGAUCCAAGGACAUCAGUUCAAGCAUUGAUGGAUUCCAGCAGAGACCCUCUUGCUAUCAGAAACAUCACAAAACAAAAUCCACAAGAAUUUAUGUUUUACAAUGUCGGACUUCUCCAAAGACCUCAUCUAAGAUAUUAACCAAACGUAAAUCAAUGCAAUGGCGCUAUUGAGACAAGCAUGUUUAUAUCAUCCCUACUGAUGAACAAUCUAAAGUGACUUCAGGGAGAGCCAACUAGUGUUAGUGAUUAAUUUUUAUCUAAACAUGAUAAUAAAAAUGACAUGAAAGAUGUAUUUCAGAGUGAGUGAGUGAGUGAGUGAGUGAGUGAGUGAGUGAGUGAGUGAGAGAGAGAUAUCAAGGCAUGAUAUUUUCGACUUUUACCACUUGAAAUCCAUAAGCUAUUGUAUGCUGCUAACAAACUAAUGCUUGUGAUCAGGGCAAAUCUGGCAGUCAAACCCACAAUCAAUGGAUCCUAUCAUGCUUGAGGGACACAACAGGGAAUAAACCACCCAUACUGUAUUAGGAUAACAAUGAAUUAUCUUUCAGCUACAUAUAUUGUUGUACUGAUCUACAGUCUGUCCCCGUAUUAUUUAUAAUGUGAAAACAUUAAAGAUUUCAGUGAUUUCUGUUUCUUAAAAAAAGAGAGUGAGUGAGUGAGUGAGUGAGUGUUUCCGUUCUCUGCUUUAUACUGGAUAUUGACGUGUCAGUUUUCUAACUUCUUAUCAGCCAAUACUAGAAUAUAUGAUAGUCAUUGCAAUAC